AUGGCAUCUGACCCAAAGAUGCAGAGUAUAGAGGAUGGAAUCACCAGAAUCGACUUUCAUCACCCCUUCACUCCAUACGAUGUCCAAGAGAAAUUUAUGAGGACUGUUUACCAAGUGCUUGAAACAGGCGAAGGGCAGGUCGGCAUACUUGAGAGCCCAACAGGCACUGGAAAAUCUCUUUCCCUGAUCUGUGCUUCUCUCACAUGGCUGCGCAACCACAAAUCGUCCGCCUACCGAGCGGCACUGGAAGAAGCCAAAUCAUCCUUCAAAGAUGAGCCUGAUUGGAUGAUUGAUCAGCUCCUACGUCGGAAGAAACAAGAAUUAGUUCGAACCUGGGAAGAUCGGGAGAAGCGACUCGAGAAUGCGAGGCUGAAAGAAAAAGCCCGCGAAGAACGCGUGCGCAAAAAGCGCAGAUUCGAGGCCGCUGUUGCUAGCCGGGAAGUUGGCGAAGAUGAUGGUGAAAAAUGGAUGCUAGAUGACUGGGAUGGUGAAGAGGGAAUCACGUCUCAAGCGAAAGACGCACUCUCUGGUCUUAGCAAAGAGUCGCGCGAUGUUCUCGAGAGGAUGGGCCUUGGUGGGCCAAAACAACAAAACGAAGAGAGUGAUGCACUAGAAGAGGAGAUCAAGAUCUAUUAUACUUCCAGAACGCAUUCGCAGCUCUCGCAAUUCAUCACGGAGUUGCGGCGACCAAAGUUCCCUGCGUCUCUACCAGAAGGCCUGUCCAGCGCUGACGCAAAGGCCCAAGACGAGCUUGUCAAGCUUCUGCCGUUAUCUUCUCGGCAGAAGCUUUGCAUCAAUCCCAGCGUAUCACGCCUGAAGUCCGUUCAAGCCAUCAAUGAUCGGUGCGCGGAGCUGCAGCAGCCCAAGUCCAGUCGUAAAUGUGACUUUGUCCCCAGAGAAGAACUCCUGGCGCAGACACACGAAUUCAGAGACACUGCGCUCGCUACAAUACCGGACAUUGAGGAUCUUCAUCAGCUGGGCAAGUCUCUGCAAGUAUGCCCGUAUUAUGCGUCACGAACCGCACUGCCUGGGGCAGAAAUCGUGACACUGCCAUAUCCAUUACUGUUGCAAAAGAGCGCUCGCGACGCGCUGGGCAUCAAACUCGAAGGGAAUGUCGUCAUCGUCGACGAAGCCCACAACAUCAUGGACGCCGUGUCAAAUGUGUAUGCGGCUGAUUUGAAGCUGAGUGACCUGCGCAGAUGCCGAGAAAUGCUGGGCAUAUACGUGCGAAAGUUUGGAAAGAAGCUUAAAGGUGUUAAUCGCGUGAAUGUUGGCCGAGUCGGGCGCGUUGUCGAAGGACUAAGCGAGUAUAUGAAUACCACGCUCAAUGCCAAGCACGACAAUGGAAUAGUUGACGCCAAUGAACUGACUAGGCCCAAGGGAAUUGAUCAAAUCAACAUGUUCGAGCUGAUUCAAUACAUACAUGAGUCCAAGCUCGCUUACAAGAUCGAAGGCUAUGCUUCCCACGUUGACAGCAAACAGGAAGACGGAAAGCAGCAUGCUCCCAAAUCAAGCACACCAGUACUGCACACAUUCGUCUCUUUUCUUGUUGCACUUACCAAUCUGAGCUCAGAAGGUCGCAUCUUCUACCAAAAGCUUUCUGGAGCCCAGGCAGAUGUGCAGCUAUCAUAUCUACUGUUGUCGCCCACCUACGCAUUUUCUUCUAUUGCCUCGAGCGCAAGAGCUGUCAUUCUGGCGGGUGGUACAAUGUCUCCAUUUGAAGACUACAAAGACCAUUUAUUUCCCGCUCUUGACCAGUCCAAAAUCACGACUUUGAGCUGUGGUCACGUUAUCCCAUCUACGAAUCUUUGCGUCCGCACACUGGCUGCGUCGAGAGCGGGCGGGCCGCCGUUUGAGUUUAGCUACCAGCGGCGUGGUGAUGAGGAAAUGAUUGGACAGCUUGGGUUGGCCAUACUAAAUAUGUGUUCCAUCGUCCCAGACGGCGUUGUCGUUUUCUUCCCGAGCUAUGGCUACCUUGAUCAAGUUGUGGAAGUCUGGAAGAAGAAGCGAGCAGGAGAUGCCCAAUCUACUUGGGAGCGGCUCAAGUCCAAGAAGACGAUUUUGCAAGAGAGCAAGGGCGCGUCUAGCGAUGAAGUGCUCCAAAAGUAUUCCGAGGCAAUACUAGGAUCCCAGGCCGGCGGCGGAGCCCUGCUGCUCAGCGUCGUCGGAGGCAAGAUGUCCGAGGGCAUCAACUUUUCAGACCGACUUGGUCGAUUAGUGGCGGUGGUAGGCCUUCCUUACCCCAACGUCGCUUCCCCAGAGUGGAGGGCCAAGAUGGAAUACAUUGAAUCCUCGACCAGGACUCGGCUGUUGGAGCGCGGGGGCAUCACACCGACCGAGGCCAGCAGUCGCGCAAAGCAAGUCGCUCGAGACUUUUAUGAAAACUCGUGUAUGCGCGCAGUGAAUCAGAGUAUUGGACGCGCAAUUCGGCACCGAGGUGAUUACGCAGCGAUUGUGCUGCUGGACAAGAGGUACACGAGUGAGAGGAUUCGCAAGAAGCUGCCUGGCUGGAUCCAAGGCGGCCUUCAGAUGGAUUCGCAAGAAAAGGGACUCGGAGGAAUAAUGGGAGCGCUGGCAUCUUUUUUCCGGGGAAAGAAGGUGAUGUAA